GUCUAGCAUACGGUCACUUGUUGCGGGCCUAUUAUAGAAAUAAAUUUGUGUUCUUCCUUUUAGCACUUGGCAAACGAUUGCCAUGGAUUUUGUGACAGCCAUUUCGACGGGUGCUGAUAUAGAGUAUACGGUUCACGAAUAUGCGUACGCAUUUUUGCAAGCGUUGACUUCAGAUCCCCACAAUUGGUGUACCAAGGUGUCAUAUAAAUUUGUCGGGCAAUGCUUCAAUGCACUGGGUAUAAGGUUUAUGGUUAGCAUGGAAGCAUUCGCAAAGAUGCCUCAGCAUCCGUACCGCAAUGACAACUUGGACUACGUCUUCAAUAGCGCCCCAUUCGUGCUGCAGGGAUUACACGAAUUUUUAAAUCAACUUCCUACUCUCCUGGCCACCUACGAUAAAGCACUCACCCGUAAAAACCAUGGCAGCAACGCUAAUAGAGAAUUCAACAUGCUUACGCGACCGCUACCGUGCUAUUUGCGAGUAGUUAGCAUAUGGUGCAAGGUGGUCGACGCGAUGAGCUGUAACGGGGAUCCAAACACAAAAGCUAUUGACAAAUUUCUACGCGAACCGUUGGCACGAGUGUCUUACAGCAUACUCCUGGGCUUAUCCAAACUACUGCCCGACUACGGCAUGGAAUUGCUUGAACUACCGGAGUUUUGUCGAACUUUGACCAUUAAUGUCCGCUUUGGCAUCUUCUAUGAAGAAACCCAUAACACUAUUCUGAAGCCGAUGCUGCGAUUAUUUCGGAAAUAUUCUUGGGUCUUUUGUGGUGUUCAUCAUAGCGCUCUUAAUUUUAUUUACUGCGUAUUUUGCGUUAAGUGGCCAAACAAUAGCAGCUAUGAGCGAGCCUACAAGUUUUUAAAAGAUCUACUCACAAGAUUCGCGCGCAACCAACUACGCGAUGAAAACGGCAAUCUCCUUCUCCGCAUUCUGACUGACGAAUUAAUUAGCGACAAAUUUGUGGCCAUACAAUUUCAUAUGCUGAGACCACAAACGGAUACUUAUUUGCUGAUGGCCACAUUAAAAUAUUUGCUGGAAUUGCAAAAUCACAUAACCAGCACAGAAAUUUUUCCAAUAUCCUUUCUAGAACGCAUACUACAGCUUGUGCUGCAAAUGCCACAAACACCGAUCACCUUGGUAAUUAGAGAAUUAGCAGCUGAGCUGUAUAUAAGCCUUGUGCACCGGCAGUACGAUGUGCAGGAGAUAGUCUUACAUGUGCUAAAGACUUUCAGCAAGAUGUCACACGGUAGAACCAUUUUAAACGAGCACGAGCAUGCCUUGACAGUGUUGAUGAAUUCGUUGCAACUAAUGAUCCAAUAUUGUAGCGCAAUGCAAAACUUUGCCUACUACAUAAGUAUUCUGAACUCAACUGACAUAGAAUUGGAGCUAAGACUACUCGCCACACAGUUCAUAUAUGCUCUGUUUGUUAUGCACACCAAGAAAUAUGGCCAGAGUGAGGAUGCUCAGGUGCAGAUUCACGAGCUAUUGCUACAGAUAGUCGAAAUAAUUGAGGGAACUCAUCAACAAGAGAUACGCGCUCUGUUAUUCAGCUUAUUCGAUUUGGUCGAUUUCAAUGCUAUCGCUGAACACAAUCCGGAAAAUAUAUUAAUUUCACUGGAGCGAUUUUGUCUGGACAAAUUUUUACAUGACGAAUCACUGUCAGAGUCUGAUUUCUACACGCUCUAUGCUAGCAUGAUUCGUUCAGUACGAGCAACAGGGAAUGAACAAAUACACACUCAUGUGGUGGAUACAUUAAGAGACGAGCACACAAACAUGCAAAACAUGUUCAGUGAACAGCUAACGCCUUCACCAGGGCAAUUGCAAACUUAUUUUAAUCAUUUACGACGCCUAAAUGUGCUCAUCAGACGCGACAAGUUGCCCAGACGGUUGAUACGUGAGAUGUAUCCUUCACUAGCCUCUAAUAUACCUCUGUGCGAGGGGGAACUGGCUGCACUUGGAUGUGAAACACUUGCCUAUAUGCUCUGCUCAUUGUGUAAAGGGGCAAACGUUAGUGACGCAGAUGAAGAAGUUCGCAGUUUGGUAAAGGAUUUGAGUACCACUUGUGUUCGCGAAAUGUCCGAAAUCUCUAUGGCAGCGACUACAACUGAGUUUAAAAGGGCCAAAAGCUUUUACAGCGCCAUUGCCCUACUGCUGCUUUGUCAACAGACCGAUGCGUGUGGCUACAGCGUCCUGGUGGAGCAUCUUGCACAAACGGCUCAAAUUCGCCAGACGUUCUUUUGUUCGCUGACCUCUAAUUACAUGCAGGAGAUGUAUUUGUUUUUUCAACUACUCCAUGCCAGCGAGCAUAUUUUGUUGCCAAGUAACAAAAUUUGGAAGCUGCUGCAACACUAUAAAAUGCAUCCAUCUGUGAAUGCUGUAGUCACCCAAGAAUUAAAGAAUCUGAUAGGUGUACUGAUAAAGCACAGACUGGAGAUGUACGCUACUGCCCUGCCAGUGGUUCUUCUACACAUUUGCACAGAAAACUCUAAUAAAAGUCGAGUGACCAAUGCGCUUCGAGGCCACGUGAAUCUCAUUAACCAAUAUGCCAGUGCCAAAGAAGCAUGGCUAUUGAAGGUGCACAUCUUUACUUCAACGUUGAAACUUAUUGUCAAAAGUUUGGCGGUGCGCAUACCUAUUAAUGAUUUAAGAAAUCGCAAUCGCUUGUCAUCGCUACCAUAUUUAAUGCCUUUGGUAUCGCAGCUCCGUCUCAAAAGAACUACUCUUCAGGAAAUUGCCCACUUGCUUUGUAGCUUGCAGGAACAAGUGCUGUGUGCAAGCGAGAUGCACAAUUUGGAUGCAUUCAUUUCUCAGAUGAGUGCCCAUAAAUAUCACUGUGAAGAAGACUGUGCUAUGUUAGCGCAAAAUUCCAAGUGUGUGGGACACUUAAAGCCAGAGCCACCAGGUCCCAUAGGCAUAUGGUUUCUAGAACCGAUUGACUGUGCAAACGCUACUCAGGAUGAACCAAUGAUCGUGGAUGUUAAUUGAAAUUUAAAUUGUAAACUAAUCUAUGAGAUUUUCAAUCACAAAUUUUUGUCUUAGGAAUUCAUUUUGUUUAACGUUCCAGAAGCAGUAGAUUUUGAAAUUAAUUUAAACACAAAUUCUGUAUUUGUAUUGACUUUAUAUUUAUGUUCAGU